UUGACUCUACACUAUUACACAUUUCAACAUUUAUGUGAGCUUGAAAUGCUCUAUACAUCACAGGCGAAUACGGAACGACCCACAAAUUAUCUAAAAUUAUUCAGGUGGCGUUUGAUACAACAAUCGGUUCAACAUUUCUGGAAAAAGUGGAGCUUAGAGUAUUUGCAUGAAAUUCAACAACGUGGCAAAUGGUUCACCAAUCGUGGAAAUCCGGUCCGUGAAGGCAUGAUUGUGGUAGUAUGCGAUGAUAACCUUCCACCUUUACAAUGGCGACUUGCGCGUGUACACCAUCUGCAUCCAGGUUCUGAUGGGAUUACGCGUGUUGUAACUCUCCAAAUUGGGAAAACAUAUUUGAAGCGACCAGUUAAUAAAAUUUGUCCACUUCCUAUAGAAUAA